AUGUUCGAACACGACGGCGACCACAGCGAGGAGGACUCAGAAGAUGGCAGCUAUUACGAUGACGAUGAUGACGAUGACGAUGACGAGGACGAGGAUGAGUCCUCGUCUGCUUCUUCCUCCGAAUCGUCAACAUCCUCGAGAACAGAUUCCACUUCUUCCUCUGCUUCCGUACGAGACCGACCGGACGUCUUACCACGGCAAAAUGCAACAUGCCCUCCCUCGCCUCUCGGUGUGCUGAAAAUCUUUCUGGUCAGCGUGGUAAUUGGAACGGUACUCUCUGGCAUUUUCGGCAAUGGCAAUAUCGAGAAUCUCAUCAAUCCACGCAAUCCCGCUUGCAACAUGACCCGUCUUGGUGGUGAGCCCUGCGCCUUGCUCCUCGACACCAACCGCCUUCUCUCCCAGCACAGCUUGACCAGAUUGAGCAACAACCCUCUACCACAUCGCGCUUUCUUUCCCAGGGAGGUUCAGAUCAGAGCGUCCGAGGCGGAAUUAUUGUUUAUCAGUGCCAUUGAACUCAGGGCACAAACCAACGCGCAUUCAAUCGAGUCCUUGGAGGACCAAAUUCGCCAGUCGGGAGUGAUGGGCAACCCUGGUGGUCUCAUGCCAGAAGAGGUCACAUACCUGAGGAUGGUCGCAGAGGAUCCGGGGUCCGCCAAGGAUACGAAGUGGGUAUUGGAGAGCGCGGAGAAUUGGCUGAGAGAGGUGCGACGGGAGGAGAUGAAGAUCAGGGCGGCGGUCGAAGAAAUUUGUCGCAGUUGGUCACGACUGGGACAUCUCCUCUUCUUUCUCAAGUGGGCUCCUGCCCGCUACUACGAACAUCGGCUGGAGUCCCUGCGAACGGAAUAUGCUCAGUACCUCCUGAUCGAAAUCAGGCUGGUCUGCUUCCUGCGUGGCGAGGAGGCUCUGGAGGCCGAGCGAGUGAAGUACGUCCAAUCACUGGAUGGCUCAGGAAAUAUCAAGGAGCGAUACAAGCGUCUUGUCCAAGUGUUGGAGUACAGUUGGAGACCGGUCGCUGUGGAGAUGGCAUGCGCUACGGAGUGCAUGGACGCCAAAUUUCGACAGCACUGCCUUGUCAACCCUUUGACACGCAUGGAGACGAAAGCCAUCCCAAGGGUUUGGAGAGAAUGGAAUGACAUGGUUCCUGUGGUAUUUACAGGUUCUCCUGCGGAUACCAAGAGGUUCUGGAAAAGCCAUUACAAGAGUCCUGGUGAGCUGCUGCGGGCGCACAAAGGCAAGCUGAUGAAGGAUGGCGGUGGAGUUGCAGUGAAGUUGAGAGAGGAUGUGCCCCCUUGGAAGGGCGCUUGGAGUGAUUUGAAGCAAAUGAUGUCGAGGUCUUCGGAGAGCAACGGCGGCGAAGAUGGGAGAAGAGCUGGGGCAAGCAGAGAUCCCUAG